AUGGCCGAAGACCGUCCAUCACUAACAGUUGUGACAAUGAAUACUACAAGUUUAAAUACAAUUGUCGGCGGUUUGUUAAGUGAGGAGUUGAGGUUAAUUUGCCAGUGGAUUAUAUAUACUGUAGUCUGUCAGUUCAUUGAUGUGUUUGGAAUUGCAACAAACAUUAUAAACAUCAUUUGUUUCAUUAAGCAAGGCUUCAAGGACUCAGUCAACAUUAGUUUACUAGGUAGUACAACUUUAGUCUUCC